AUGGGGAGUGGCCAUCGGUUGGCAACGGAACAGAGCUCCUCGGGGAUGGUUCGGGGUGGUGGUGAGUGGCGAUGUGAACAGCAGCAAUUGCAGUCGUCCAAAGAAGCAGUCAGUUCCGCUUCGGUUGCCCCAUUUUCGCCUCCUUUCCCAACUGGCCUAGUUACGCAACACAACACGACUGCUUUGAGGCCCACCUUCUCGUCACAGCCGCCCAUCAACCCGCGAAUGACGACUGUGCGUCUUUGUGUCGACGCGAACGUGGCAAUUCAGCUCAGAGACCAUGACAACAGGUCUUCUUCGCUACAGUUCCGUAGAAACGGGCUCAGUCUCCGUCCGCCUUACGAACGGAGUCAGCCAAUCGGUCGGCAGCUUCGAGUUGUGCAAUUG